CGCUCUACCAGACCUAAGUUCAGCUCGCUCUAUAAAAAUACUCUCUCACUCUCUCUCUCUCUCUCUCUGAAAAAUCAAAAGUUGGGAGCAAUGUCGAGCAGUAAACCAGAGCAAAGUCACAGAAAAGAUGAAGAAGAAGAAACCACAGCGGCCGAAGACGAAGACACAGGCGCACAAGUAGCUCCGAUUGUGAGGCUCGAAGAGGUUGCUAUCUCUACCGGCGAGGAAGAAGAGGAACCAAUUCUCGAUCUAAAAGCAAAACUGUACCGUUUCGAUAAAGAUGGGAAACAGUGGAAAGAGAGAGGCGCAGGGACCGUGAAGCUUCUGAAGCACAAGGAAUCUGGAAAAGUCAGGCUCGUAAUGCGCCAAUCUAAGACUCUCAAGAUCUGCGCUAAUCAUCUAGUUAUUCCGACAAUGACAGUGCAAGAGCAUGCUGGAAACGAAAAAUCAUGUGUGUGGCAUGCUACGGAUUUUGCUGAUGGGGAAUUGAAGGAUGAGCUCUUCUGCAUUAGAUUCGCUUCUCUUGAGAACUGCAGGAGCUUUAUGGAAACAUUUCAAGAGGUUGCUGAAUCACAGGGAAAGAAGGAGGAUAAUAAAGAUGCAUCAGAUACUGCUGGACUCUUGGAGAAAUUGAAUGUUGGGGAUGGUAAAACUGAGGGUAAAGAGCAGGAAGAGAAGCCUGAUGUGGCCAAGGAGGAGGAUAAGCAAACCUACAAGGAGGAGGAUAAGAAAGCUGUAGAUGACCAAGCAAAACCGGAGGCAGGUAACAAGGAUGAGCCAGCUCUAUAGACUAAACAGAGCACUGUUGGUAUAUUUGAACAGUUUAUCAAUAUAGAUGUUGGUUUGGGUGGCUAGUAAAGGUUGUUUUUCCCACUAGUUUGGGGAAUGCAGCUGUAUUUACGUUGUUUAUUGAAAUUUUUGGUAAUCUAUGGAUGUGGAUGAUGGUUAGUCUGUU